AUGCUGGUGCCGCUGCCGACCCUGGCCGUAGUGGCAGCCGGCCUGCUGCUGGUCCACGGCCUCGAUAUACCCUCCGACACGCCCAUCUCCGCCCUCCUGUCAUCUGCCCAAGCACAUCUUGCCAAGGGCGAGACCAGCAGUGCCCUCGAGUACUACGAUGCCGCCAUUGCACGAGACCCCAACGACUACCUGACCUAUUUCAGGCGCGCCACGACCUUCCUCUCCCUCGGUCGCACGUCCCAGGCCUCCCACGACUUCAACAAGGUCCUGUCCCUCAAGCCAGGCUUCGAAGGCGCGCAUCUGCAGCUAGCCAAGCUCAAGGCAAAGAGCGCAGACUGGGAGGGCGCAAAGGAGCAAUACACACUGGCCAACAAGUCCAGGGGCUCGGCAGAGUUCGACAGCCUCGUCGAGGCCGAAGGCGCCGCCGCCCUCGCAGCCGCCGCCGCCACAGCGGGCAACUGGGACGAGUGUAUUAGCCAGGCCGGAGAGGCCAUCUUCACCGCCAACCGCGCGCCGGCCCUCCGCGAGCUGCGCGCGACGUGUCGGUUCGCAAAGGGCGAGGUGGAAGAGGGCAUGGGCGACCUGCAGCACGUCCUGAGCAUGAAGCCGGGCGACACCACCCCUCACGUCACCAUAUCCGCAACCACCUUCUACGCGCUCGGCGACACAACGCAGGGUCUUGCGCAGAUACGCAAGUGCCUCCACUCCGAUCCCGACUCGAAGGUCUGCAAGAAGCUGCUGAAGCAGGAGAAGAGUGUGGAAAAGACCAUGGCCAGGGUCAACAAGGCCAUGGAGAAGAGCCAGUUCAUGACCGGCGCCAAGCUGCUCGUCAACUCGGGAGACGACAAGGGCCUGAUCGACGAGGUCAAGGAACAGGUUGCCGAGCUGAAGAAGGACGGCUUCAUCGCGGAGAAGGCACCCGCCACCCUGCUCAGCCAGAUCGUCGAGCUGGCCUGCCAAGCCUACUACGAGUCCAACGGCAAGAAGGCAAGCAUCUACUGCGCCGACUCGCUCGAGCUGGACGGCAACGCCUUCUACGCUCUACUAUACAAGGCCAAGACCCAACUCGAAGCAGAGGACUUCGAGCCCAGCAUAAACACCCUCAACCAGGCCGCCGAAGCAAGACCCGACAAGAAGAACGUCGUCAACCCCUUGCUGCAGAAGGCCCAGGUUGCCCUCAAGCGAAGCAAGACCAAGGACUACUACAAGGUCCUCGGCGUCUCCACCGACGCGGACGCGAAGCAGAUCAAGUCGGCCUACCGCAAACUAUCGAAACAGUUCCACCCCGACAAGGCCGUCAAACAGGGCAUCACGAAGGAGGAGGCCGAGAAGAAGAUGGGAAACAUCAACGAGGCGUACGAGGUAUUGAGCGACCCCGAACUGAGGGCCAGAUUCGACAGGGGAGAUGACCCAAAUUCGCACGAGCAACAAGGAGGCAAUCCCUUCCACGGCAGUCACUUUGGCGGCCAGCCGUUCAUGUUCCAGCAGGGCGGCGGCGGCGGCGGCGGCCAGCAAUUCAAUUUCAAGUUUGGCUCUGGAGGCGGCGGCGGCGGCGGCGGUUUCCCUGGUGGCUUUCCCUUUGGUUGA